ACAUCUUCACUAGCCCAGGGCUCCAUCCAGCCCGGCCUUGUGCGCUUCCGAGGAUGAGGUGUCCACAACUUGUGCGGGAAACUGUAGUAGUGCCUCUCCACCUUCGCAGGAAAUUGCUCUUAGUAACUAAUCAAGUAUUCAGUCUGUAUGAAAAAGCUUGGUCUGGUUCUCCUGUGCAGUUUGCUUGGCAGAAAACUUUAGGAAAUUUUCUUGCUGUAAUAGGAGGUGAUCGUUCUGUGAAAAUUUUUGAUCGUCAUGGUCAGAAGAGAAAUGAAAUCAACCUGCCAGGGAACUGUGUUGCUAUGGACUGGGAUAAGGAUGGAGAUACUUUAGCAAUAAUCACAGACAAAUCUAGCACCAUAUUUCUGUGGGAUGCAAUCACAAGCAAAACAAGCCAAGUAGACAGUGGCAUGAGGGAUGCAAUGUCUUUCUUGUUAUGGUCUCGAGUUGGAGCUUUACUUGCUGUUGGAACAACAAAGGGAAACUUACUCAUAUAUAACCGUCAGACGUCUCGCAAGAUUUCUGUUCUUGGUAAACACACUAGGAGGAUUACUUGUGGCUGUUGGAGUACUGAAAACCUCCUUGCUUUAGGAGGUGAAGACAGAAUGAUUACUAUAAGCAAUCAGGAAGGGGAUACUAUAAGACAGACCUCAAUCAGCUCAGAUCCCAGUGACAUGCAGUUCUCAGUUAUGAAGACUGAUGAAAGAGUAUCAACCAGGGAAAGCACAGUCAGUGUAGUUGUUGGCAAGAAGACUCUCUUCCUUUUUAAUUUGAAUGAUCCUGAUAACCCAAUUGAUCUGAAAUUUCAGCAGCCUUAUGGCAGUAUUGUAAGCUACAAAUGGUAUGGUGAUGGCUAUAUUAUGAUUGGUUUCUCACAAGGGUGUUUUGUAGUCAUUUCUACACACAUUCGUGAAAUAGGACAAGAAGUCUUUCAAGCUCAUAAUCAUAAGGAUAAUCUAAGCAGCAUUGCUAUAUCACAGUCAUUAAACAAAGCUGCAUCAUGUGGAGACAAUUGCAUCAAAAUCCAUGAUCUGACAGAUAUGAGAGAAAUGUAUGCCAUAAUAAACUUGGAUGAUGAAAACAAAGGUGUAGAUCAGAUGGCUUGGACAGAUGAUGGACAGCUGUUGGCAGUAUCUACACGAAGAGGAUCCCUCCAUGUUUUCUUGACAAAGCUUCCAAUCCUUGGAGAUGCUUGCAGUACACGGAUUGCAUACCUCACUUCUCUGCUUGAAGUCACCAUAGCAAAUCAUGUGGAAAGCGAGCUACCAGUCACAGUUUCUGUUGAAGUGGAACCCAGUUUUGUCGCUAUUGGUGUUUAUCAUUUGGCUGUAGGAAUGAACAAUCGGGCUUGGUUUUAUGCACUUGGAGAGAAUAAUGUAAAAAAGCUUAAAGAUGUGGAGUACCUGGGGACAGUAGCAAGUAUGCACCUUAAUUCUGAUUAUGCUGCUGCUCUCUUUGAGGGUAAAGUCCAGCUGCAUAUGAUAGAAAGUGAGGGUUUGGGUGCUCAGGAAGAACGAGAAACUCGACUUUUCCCAGCAGAUGAUGAUAAAUACCGAAUUUUGUGCCAUGCCUUAACUAGUGACUUCCUCAUAUAUGGUACAGAUACUGGAGUUAUUCAUUAUUUCUUCAUUGAAGACUGGCAAUAUGUGAAUGAAUAUCGACAUCCUGUCAGUGUGAGAAAGAUUUUUCCAGAUCCCAAUGGAACCAGAAUGGCUUUCAUAGAUGACAAAAGUGAUGGCUUUGUCUAUUGUCCAGUAAAUGACAGAGUAUAUGAGAUUCCAAACUUCUCACCAACCAUUAAAGGAAUCCUGUGGGAAAACUGGCCAAUGGAUAAAGGUGUUUUUGUUGCUUUUGAUGAUGAUAAAGUAUACACUUACGUUUUUCAUAAGGAUACCAUUCAAGGAUCAAGGAUUAUUUUGGCAGGUGGCACGGAAGUCCCCUAUUCCCAUAAACCUUUGUUGUUGUAUAAUGGAGAAUUAACUUGUCAGACUCCGAGUGGGAAAACAAACAGUAUCUAUUUAAGUACUCACAGUUUCCUUGGCAAUUUGAAAGACUUUGGACCUGAUAUGCUGAGACAAAUGCUUACUCAGACUCUAAUGUUGAAAAGGUUUUCUGAAGCAUGGGAGGUUUGCAGCCUUCUGAAUGACCAGUCUUGUUGGAAUGAGCUGGCCAAAGCUUGCUUACAUCAUAUGGAGGUGGAUUUUGCAAUCCGUGUUUAUCGAACAUCUGGUAAUGCUGGGAUGGUGAUGUCACUUGAGCAAGUAAAGGGAAUAGAAGACCACAACCUUUUAGCAGGACAUCUUGCAAUGUUUACUAGUGAUUUUAAUCUGGCUCAGGAUUUGUAUCUGGCAUCCUCCUGUCCUAUUGCUGCCCUUGAGAUGCGAAAAGACUUGCAGCACUGGGACAGAGCACUGCAGCUGGCCAAGCGUCUGGCCCCGGACCAAAUCCCUUUCAUAUCAAAGGAAUAUGCAGUGCAGCUUGAAUUCAUGGGUGAUUAUGUUAAUGCUCUGGCACAUUAUGAGAAAGGAAUCACUGGAAACCACAAGUACCAGGAACACGAUGAAGUUUGCCUUGCUGGAGUGGCUCAGAUGUCCAUUCGAAUGGGAGAUGUCCGUCGAGGGGUGAACCAGGCCAUGAAACAUCCCAGCAGGUUACUGAAGAGGGACUGUGGAGCUAUUCUGGAGAAUAUGAAGCAAUUUUCAGAAGCUGCUCAGCUCUAUGAAAAGGGACAAUAUUAUGACAAGGCAGCAUCAGUAUACAUCCGUUGUAAAAACUGGGUAAAGGUUGGUGAACUUCUUCCUCAGGUUUCAUCUCCAAAGAUUCACCUACAAUAUGCAAAGGCCAAGGAAGCAGAUGGCAGGUACGCGGAAGCUGUGAUAGCUUAUGAACAUGCAAAGCAAUGGGAUAGUGUCAUUCGACUAUAUUUGGAUCACCUAAAUAAUCCUGAAAAGGCUGUUAAUGUUGUGAGAGAAACACAGUCUCUUGAAGGAGCAAAGAUGGUGGCCAGAUUCUUUCUGCAGCUUGGUGACUAUGGUUCUGCCAUCCAGUUCCUGGUUAUGUCCAAGUGUAAUAAUGAAGCUUUCACAUUAGCUCAACAGCACAACAAGAUGGAGAUUUAUGCUGAUAUCAUCAGUUCUGAAAGUACUACCAAUGAAGAUUAUCAGAGCAUUGCACUCUAUUUUGAAGCAGAAAAGAAACAUUUUCAGGCGGGGAAAUUUUUCUUGCUGUGUGGUCAAUAUGGACGGGCAUUGAGGCACUUCUUGCAAAGUCCAAGCACAGAAGAUAACUUGGCUAUGGAAAUGGCAAUUGAAACAGUGGGACGGGCAAAAGAUGAAGCCCUAACAAAUCAGCUGAUUGACUAUCUUAUGGGAGAGGGGGAUGGCAUGCCCCAGGAUGCCAAGUACCUGUUCCGCUUGUACAUGGCCCUGAAGCAGCACCGAGAUGCUGCCAGAACUGCCAUAAUAAUUGCCAGGGAGGAGCAGUGUUCAGGGAAUUAUCGAAAUGCACGUGAUGUGCUUUUCAGUAUGUACUCAGAGUUAAAGACCCAGAAGAUUAAAAUUUCUUCUGAGAUGGCUACAAACCUUAUGAUUCUACACAGCUAUAUUUUAGUGAAGAUUCACGUGAAACGUGGUGAUCACAUGAAGGGAGCACGGAUGCUCAUACGCGUAGCCAACAACAUCAGCAAGUUCCCAUCUCAUAUUGUCCCGAUCUUGACUUCAACUGUGAUUGAGUGUCACCGAGCAGGGUUGAAAAACUCAGCCUUCAGUUUUGCUGCUAUGUUGAUGAGACCUGAAUAUCGGAGUAAAAUAGAUCCAAAAUACAAAAAGAAAAUUGAAACAAUGGUCAGACGUCGGGACACAACUGAGACAGAAGAGCCAACAACAGCCUGUCCCUACUGUGCUUUCCAACUCCCAGAGUGUGAACUUCUGUGUCCCAGCUGUAAAAACAACCUUCCAUACUGCAUUGCAACUGGUCGGCACAUGGUGCGCGAUGACUGGACUGUUUGCCCGCACUGUGACUUUCCUGCCCUCUACUCAGAAUUCAGAAGCCUGUUACAGACUGAAAAUGUGUGUCCCAUGUGUUCUGAAAGAAUUAACAUUGCUGAUCUUAAGAAAAUAAAUGACUGCACAGAGUACCUCAAACUCGAGGAUGAGGACCAGUAAAUUCAGAACUGCUUGUGUUGGCUGGCAAGCAGCAAGGGAAGCUCUUAUCACUACAUCACACAUCUCUUCCCCAGGCCUAAUAACAGCCAUGUUACUUCUAUUUUGUGAUAUCUGUAACUAUUUAGCUUUUGAUAAAUUUUGUACUUUGGCUUAUUGUAGUAAUAAAACUGAUAAUUAUUACAAACAAAAUCUGCAUUUCAUCUGCACCAAAGACAAACCAUGGGGCUUAUUUGUAAUGGGAGUAACAGGAAGAAAAACCACCUCCCUACUGUUUUCUUUUUCAGUAUCAGUUCUGAACUGUUAUGAAUCUUUUCGAUUAAACAUUUUUUACUCUUUAAAUAUUCCUUUCUGGUUUUGAUUAAAGAUACAACUUAUGCAAGUAUGGACUACUCAAGUUGUGGAAGUAAAUCCCUCACUGCUUUUCUGUGUCUCUACCUCAACAAAAGGGAAGUUGUGGAAAAGAAGAAUGCUACAUCAUGUACAUAAAGGAAAGACAAAACUGUAGAAUAAAGGAGGGAGACAAGACAGAACACUCCAUGAACUUAACCAAAGCUUUAAAAGAGUCAUGUGAAACAUUUUAUUGUAAUUUUAUAUACUGCUUAAUUUCUAUAAUGUACAAAUAAGCCAUUUACGUAUGGGGUUUUUGCAUCAUGUACUAUUUACAAGACUUCACCCCAUAAUGUCAGAGGAUUUGUAUAAAAAAAAAAAAAAAGCAGUGAAGUCCUAGGAAGACUCAGCAAAAAUGCCAGGUAACUAAGCAUGACAUUUUCAGCAUGUUCACGCACCUGGUGUCUGUUGCACAAGGAGAGUUAUAGCUUGUAACAUAGACCAUGUCAGGAGUAAGCACAGCAGGGUGGGAGCACAAGAGCUACAGCACCUCUAUGAGAGGAGCAUUUUCAACACACUGGUUCUACUUUCCCAGCAGCAGCAAUGGAUCUGUUUCAUGUUCCUGGCAGAAGUCAGAUACGCAAAGCUGUGUCCAAAGCAAGGUUUUACUCUAAAUGUCUGGUUUUCUCUUUUCUUUUCCCUUCUUUUUUUGUUGUUUCUUCAUUUUUCUCUCUUUUUGGCAGCUUGGAAGACUUUACCUUUUUUUGCUACAAACAGAAAUACACAGACAGUUUAAAAUCCAGCUGACAAAAGUUUAAGUCAAAAUGCAGUCAGUGUUAAGGAAAAUGCCACCUCUUUCCCUCACCCUUCAGCUGUGAAGUUUCUAAAUACCAAGGAGAGUACAGAUUACCAUAUUGAGUCCUAAGGGUCCCCAUUUGGUGAUACCUACAAAGGUAUUACUAGAAUUGUCAUCUGUAGGAACCACAGGCACUGGCCUGUGGUGGCUCCUUGCCCCUGGCACCAUCCUCAUCAACACUUAAAAUAUUAUUAAGUUUUGGAACUGGAUAUGGAAUUUUAGAUUUAGAAUGAUGUCUCACUUUGGUCCAACAUAAGACAAUGGAUGGAAGCAACUUAAACUUUUCCACACUACCUCCAGUUAAAAUUUUAGAAGUUGAGAUUAUUUAUUUAAUACUUACAACUAUUUUUUUCUUAAUUCAUUAAGACGAUGUUAAAAGUCACAGAAAGGUAACUAAAAACAAACAAAUAAGCCCCAACAGCUCAUUGAGGUUGUUUAAUACUGAGGAAAUUAAAUCACCUUAAUCAUUGCAUCACUGUCAACAGAAUCCUGCUCAUCCUCAUCAGACUGGAUCUCUUCCACAGUCAAGUCUUCACUCAGAUCUAAGGUCGCUGCAGAUCCCGACUGCCUUUUAGAUGCCUUGACAGCACUAAGUGAAUAUGGAGUCAGAUGUGCCUCUUUGUUGUAGGCACGUGUAAAAGCUGCUUUGACCU